CAGUUUCCUUUCUUUCAAAAAAAUCACAAAAGUUUCCACAAAGCUGAAUUAAUCAUCCAAUGGGGUGGUUGUUUUUGUGUUUAUAUCUUUUUCUCUUCCAUUUUCCUUCCUUCUCUUCUUCUUUCAAUUUCUUAUGUCAUCAUCAUGAGAAUUCUGCCUUGCUUCAGUUCAAGUCCUCAUUCACUAUUGAUGAUUAUGACACUUGUCUCAUGAAAACAAAAACAUGGAAAAAUGGAAGUGAUUGUUGCUCAUGGCAUGGUGUCACUUGUGACACUGUCUCUGGUCAUGUGAUUGGCCUCAACCUUGGUGGUGAGUGCCUUGAUGGUAUAUUACAUCCCAACAGUACCCUUUUCCAUCUUACUCAUCUCCAAACACUCAACCUUUCUCACAAUUAUUUCUAUCACUCCCAUUUUCAUUCUAAGUUUGGGGGGUUUACGAGUCUUACACAUCUUGAUUUGUCUUCUGCUUCUUCUUCUAAUUCCUUUGAAGGUGAAGUUCCUCCUCAAAUCUCACACCUUUCUAAAUUAACAUCACUUCAUCUCUCUUACAAUAGUGAGUUAAUUUGGAAAGAGAGCACUUUGAAGAGACUUGUGCAAAAUGCAACAAAUUUAAGGGACAUGUUUUUGGAUUACACAGAUAUGUCUUCAAUGAAACUAAAUUCCAUUGAUUUGCUCUUCAAUCAAUCAUCUUCUUUGGUUACACUAAAUCUUGGAAACACAAAAUUAAGAACAACUUCCAAAAAAUAUAAUCUGUGUUUACCAAGUAUUCAAGAACUAUACAUACAAGCUAAUUAUUACGACCAUCCAAGCCAAGUUCCAGAAUUGAGUUGCAGUGUUUUUCUUAGAAUUUUGGAUUUUUCAGAAAAUAAUUUCCAAGGACCCAUUCCUCCAUCAUUUUCUAACCUCACACAUCUUACUUCUCUAAAUCUCAACUGGAACUCCCUUAACGGUUCAAUCUCCUCCUUACUUUUCACUCUUCCAUCUCUAAUUUCUCUAGAUCUCUUUGGCAAUGAUUUCAGUGGUGAGCUUCCAAAAUCACUUUCAAACCUUCAACAUCUCAUUAGCUUAGACCUUUCAUCUAAUUCAUUUAAGGGUCAGAUUCCAGAUGUGUUUGGAAUUGGUGGGAUGACCAAACUGCAACAACUUGAUUUAAGUUCAAACAAUUUUGAAGGAACAAUUCCUUCUUCAUUAUUUAACUUGAAUCAACUUCUCACAUUACAUUGCUCUCAUAAUAAAUUAGUGGGUCCCCUAAUCAACAAUAUUUCAGGGUUUCAAAAGGUAACUGAUUUGAAUUUAGAUAACAACAUGUUAAGUGGAACAAUUCCUUCUUCCAUGUUAUCUUUGCCGUGUCUGAAGAGUUUAUCUCUAAAAAACAAUCGAUUUACGGGGCAUAUCAGUGAAAUUUCAUCAUAUUCGUUAGAAAAACUUUCUCUAUGCGGCAAUAAGCUACAAGGCAAUAUUCCAAAAUCCACUUUCAGCCUUUCAAACCUGACUAUAUUAUGUCUAUCAUCAAACAACUUCAGUGGUGCCGUUGAUUUUCAACACUUUUCCAAACUUCAAAAUUUGCAAUAUUUGUCCCUUUCACAUAAUAGCCAAUUAUCACUAAACAUUGAAUCCAAUGUCAGUUACAGUUUUGUUGAACUAACUACUUUGGAAUUGUCUUCUUUGAGUUUGAAUGAACUUCCCAAAUUUCUAGGAAAAUUCCCAAGUUUGUAUUCUCUUGAUAUGUCCAAUAACAAGUUUAAUGGAAGAGUGCCCAAUUGGCUACUUGAAACAGUAAAUUCACUUAGAUAUUUGAAUCUCUCUCAAAACAUGUUCACAUCAAUAGAUCAGAUCUCAAGAAGUAAUCAGUGGCUCAUUUACCUUGAUCUUAGUUAUAACUUACUACAAGGUGAACUUUCUGCUUCAAUUUGCAACUUGAGUUCACUACAAUUUCUCAAUCUUGCACACAAUAAAUUGACAGGUACCAUUCCACAAUGUCUUGUUAGUUUAUCGGAUCUUGAAGUUUUGGAUCUACAAAUGAACAAAUUUUAUGGCACUUUGCCAAAUAACUUUUCAAACUUUUGUGUACUUUCUACUCUGAAUCUUUUUGACAACCAAUUAGAAGACCGUGUUCCUGAAACUUUGUCACAAUGCCGAAGUCUUGAAGUUUUAAAUCUUGGCAGCAACAGAAUAGAAGACAAAUUACCUGACUUCCUUCAAACUCUGUUAGAUUUGCGAGUGUUGGUUUUGCGAGACAAUAAGAUGCAUGGUUCCAUUGCUAAUCUGAAGGUCAAUUAUCCAUUUCCCAAUUUAAUUAUUUUUGAUAUCUCAGGCAAUAACUUCAGCGGUCCGCUACCAAAAAAUUAUUUUGAAAAGUUCGAAGCCAUGAAAAAUGUUAAUGAAGCUCUGGAAGGCGAUUCAUAUAGGAAAACUGCUUCCAUUAUUGGUGUAGUAGUGGGUAUCAUAAAAUCUGAAAUAGGGUAUGUUCAGACAUAUAAUGAUUCUGUGACUGUGACAUUGAAAGGAAUCAAUAUACCUAUUGUAAAAAUUCCAACAAUCUUUGCAAUUAUUGAUUUGUCAAGAAACAUGUUUGAAGGAGAGAUUCCAAAUGAUAUUGGAGAGCUUCAUUCGCUCAAAGGACUUAAUCUUUCUCAUAACAGACUCGUUGGUCACAUUCCACAAUCCAUGGGAAACUUGACAAACUUGGAAUGGUUGGAUCUCUCCUCAAAUAUGUUGACUGGUAUGAUUCCUGCCGAAUUCACAAAUCUCAACAGCCUUGAAGUCUUGAAUCUUUCCAAUAACCAUCUUGUAGGAGAAAUACCUCAAGGAAAACAGUUCAACACAUUUUCAAAUGAUUCAUAUGAAGGAAACUUGGGGUUAUGCGGAUUUCCGUUGUCAAAGAAAUGUGGACCUGAACAACAUUCUCCACCUUCACCCGACAAGCUUUGGAGUGAAGAGAAAUUUGGAUUUGGAUUUGGAUGGAAGCCAGUGGCAAUUGGAUAUGGAUGUGGAUUUGUGUUUGGAAUAGGCCUUGGAUAUUGCAUGUUUUUAAUUGGAAAGCCGAGAUGGCUUGUGAUGAUAUUCGGUGGCCAACCAAAGAGAAGAGUGAGAAGAAGAAGAACAAGAGUGAGGAGGACCAAUGGUUCAACCAUGAAUCAGAUGAUACAAAUGUCAUAGUUUUAUUCUUGUGUUUAUUUUUUCUACUGUGUCAGUUUUUAAUUCAGUUUAAAAUAAGCUUGAUCAUUCUUGUUUGAUCAGCUAGUUUAAUUUUGUGUCGUAAACUUUCCAUUGUUGUUGUUGUUGUUGUUGAGGUGUUCUUGUUAAAGUUGUAAUGUGUUUUGUAUUUGUUUUAUUUGAGUUUAACAAAUAGAUUGGAAUUGGAAUUAAAUGAAAAAGUGUACUUAAUUACAUAAAAUUUAAGAAAUACUGUAAUAAUAAGGGCCAAUGCUACCAACCAUUUGGUGUGGUGAUGAAACUUUUGGUUUUUCUUUUUAAUAACAAAAUAAUAUGAAACUUU